CAUCACAAACGUCAAAUUCAAGGUUAUAUGCAAGCAGUGCUUCGCUAUAACCAAUAGUUUUGAUAACAAAGCUUAAUAACAUGGGAACUGCAGUGUACCAUCUACUAUUUAAUCAUUAUUCUUCCUAACUUGCUCUCAGCUAAGAAAAAUGGCAUUUUGGAAACUCUUUCGAAAGUUUCGCUUGGCAGCCCUGCUUGAAGCGUCUGUUCGUGGUACACGUGGUUUAGUAAGUGCUGAAGAGCUGGUAACGUUAUUUUGUGGUCAAAUUUCAGGUGUUGGUCGUGCAUAUACUGCAUUUGUGAGACACACGUAGGCAUUGGCCGAUAUUUAAUUAUUAUGAAUCAACUGAAAGAAGGCUGGUUUAGUGAGCUGUGUACCCUGUGGCCAGGCUUUUGCCUUUCGUUGGAAGUAGACAAGGUUUUACAUUCGGAACGUUCUGAGUAUCAGGAUAUCCUUGUGUUACAAACGAAGUCCCAUGGCCGAGCCCUUAUACUGGAUGGCAUUAUCCAGUGCACGGAGUUUGAUGAGUUUGCAUAUCAGGAAAUGAUUGCAUUUCUACCAUUGUGCAGUCACGUAUCCCCUAAAAAGGUUUUGAUCGUUGGUGGUGGAGAUGGAGGUGUGGCACGAGAAGUUGCCAAGCAUCCUUCUGUAGAGUCGAUCGUCCAAGUUGAAAUAGACCCUAAGGUUUUAGAGGUAUCCAAGCAAUUUUUGCCUUUCAUGGGGCAAGGCCUGUCUCAUCCAAAACUAAAAAUACACAUUGGUGAUGGAUUUAAAUUUAUGGCAGACCAUGAAGAAGAGUUUGAUAUCAUAAUAACUGAUUCUUCUGACCCUGUUGGUCCUGCUGUGUCCUUAUUUCAACAGGAAUAUUUUGAACUUAUGUACAAGGCCUUAAAACCAGAUGGUAUUGUUUGUUCGCAAGCAGGUACUGUGUGGACAAAUAUAGACUGCCUUGCCAAAACACUGGAUCACUGUAGGAAUGUGUUUGAAACAGCAGCUUGUGCCACUGUAUCAGUUCCUACAUAUCCAACUGGUCAGAUUAGUUUUGUCAUUGGAGGACGCAGUCCGGUUGUAAACUUCAAGGAGCCAUUACGAAUAUUUUCCAACCAAGAAUUGGAUGAUCUUGGUCUAAGGUACUACUCACCUGAAGCACAUCGUACAGCUUUUGUGUUACCUCGCUUUGCUCAAAAGGUGUUGGAGCCGAUAUGUACAAAAAAAGAAUAGGAAUAAAUGUUGUUUAAGAAAGGGCUAGACAUUCCUCUAUAAACAUCUGCAUUGCUAAUACUCAGUGUUGUAAGGUUCAUCCAGUCCUACACUCACUGGAAAAUAUUUUUUUAAUCAUGUGAAAUGUGGUGUCAGAUCUGUGUCGUGUUUGUGUACUUACUAGAAAUAAAAUUUUUAUUUAAACUUU